CGUGCAUGGUCUGACAGUCACAGCAGCGAACGUGUGAUCAUGUGACGCAUACGUUUCAGACAAAAUCCUGGACACAACAAUAUAACGGCUCCAUAUCAUUGCACUGUACGGUUCUGCACCUCCCACGCAUUUGCUCUCGGUAUGGCGGACGGUGAGAGGUCCCCGUUACUAGCAGAUCUUGGAGAUGGUGCUCUUGUCGGCGGUAACGGCGGAGUGUCACCAGGCUCGGCUCCCUAUGGUUUACCAAAUAAGCCACAAAGCUUCCCUCCCUUCCCCAGCCCCACCCAGCCCUCAGUGCUCCUGGGGGAGGACCCUCCUCCGUACUCCCCCCUCACCUCCCCAGAGAGUGGCAGCGCGCCAGUCAUCAGCUGUAGGGUGUGUCAGAGCCUCAUCAGCGUGGAGGGGAAGCUCCACCAGCAUGUGGUCAAGUGUGGGGUCUGCAACGAGGCUACGGUGGCUAACCUGUUUAGUGUUUACUGCCUGCAUGUUCAUUUAGGUUGCAUCUCAAAUGUUCACUUUUCUGUGAUUGUGCUCCCCAGUAAGAGGAUAAUAAACCUGGGUCCAGUCCACCCUGGUCCAGCAAGCCCUGAACCCCAGCCGGCCGGAGCUCGCGUCUCCUGUGGACACUGCAACAACACUUUCCUGUGGACAGAGUUUACUGACAGGACACUCGCCAGGUGCCCACACUGCAGGAAAGUCUCCUCUAUUGGUCAGAGGUACCCUCGAAGGCGGAGCUUGUGGUGUGUUCUACUAUGCUUGCUUUUCAGCAUCUCCACUGCUGGGCUGGUGGCAGGUACGUGGGUGAAGGCCCAGGCCUACGGGGGUAUCUAUGCUUCCUGGGCCAUGCUGAUCCUGCUGGUACUCCUGACCCUGGGUCGGGCUCUAUACUGGGCCUGCAUGCCUGUUAGUGAGCCCCUACAGAACUUCACAUAGACACACACACACACACACAGGUGUAGGGUGAAGUUGCCCCUAGAUGCUGAUCUUGGGUCCGUUUUGCAAUUUCCCCACUAAUGGGUAAGGUCAGGAUUGUGGGAAGGGACGCUGAUCCUAGAUCUGUACCUAGGGUGAACUUCACCCUUGAGUAGGGCUGGGCGAUAUAUUGAAUUAAUUUGAUGUUUUGCGCGUUAUUCCAAAUGCCUGUAUCGCAAGAAUCUAGUUAGUUUAUUUUUAUCGUUUUUCUGAGAGUUUGUUGUCUUGUUGGUCUCGUCUCCUUCGCUUCUUCUGUGCACCUUCCCAUUUACACCAGAGAUCUGUAUAUAAUGACAAGAUGCUUAUGUCUCCGCUAUAACGUUGUGAGUCGUUGUCCCAAAGGCGGGAAGGCAGCCGAUAAGCUUAGGUUAAGAAAACAACAUAGCAACGCAUUGGGCUUAUUUUGGUGAGUGAAACCUCUCGCUUCGCCUCUUCCUCUCUGUUUACACACACACCAAGCCCCUCCCCCUGUCACACAACAUCCUGUCUGACAAGCGGUUUCAACUUGCUAUUUGCCGGUUUGGUCCAACAGAAUCGGUCAUAUGGACACCAAAAAACAUUGAAACAUUAUUUUACUGGAAGAGGAGAAGUUAACCUUUUCAACGAUACCCUUUUUAUGUCUCAACUCCUCAAAUUACGCACAGAGCAGACACUACUAAAACGUCUGUUCCCUGAAAAGAAAUGUUCCAUGUUGCGCGUGGCAUUACUGUUCUACUAGCUGUCUAGUCUAGCUUUUAAAUGUGCAAUAAGCAAAAAACACAAUUAUAUUAACUAGUUCUCUUUAUGAGAUAAGGUAGGCCACUUGAUUUCCACAUCUGAACYAAGUGGACAGACUAGCAUUCUGUUCAAACAAUUGGAGACGGACAAGAAGGGCGCGUUCAUAACAAUUCAACUGUUUUGCCUUGUUGGCGAGCAGAUCCAAGUUGGCUAAACUCGAAACCAUAAAGAUUAGUUGGCUACUCGCUAACUAGCACGUGGGCUAGUGCUUGAGAGAUUGUUUGAGACAUGUGUUUCAUUUUCUCUAAUGCCUGCUACAAGAAGUUGGGUCAUUAUUAGGGAAUGUGUAUUAUACUUGGUUCUGGUUAAAUUUGUAAACAAAAAGGGCAUUUUCAUAGACUGACUUGGAUGUCAGAUCAGUGAUUUAAUUCAAAAAAGCAGGUUUAAACUAUUUUGAUAAAAUAAUUAAGUGAUUAGUGGGUCUGACAAUUGUUGUAGGCUCAUAUUUAGCCUAGAUUUAAUUUUACGAGCCCUGAAUUAAUCGGAUUAUUUCUGACUGUUUGAAAUGUAGAGUAUUUGACCUUUUUAAUUGUACAACAAAGCUUAUUUAGAGAGAACAUAAACAAUCUAGGUGUGUGUAUAUGUAUCGUCCAUAAGAUGUGAUUUUUAAGCCAUAUCGCCCAGCCCUACCCUGGUGCCUUUUAUUUAACUGAAGAUCAAACCAAGAAGUUCCCCUCCUUCCCUUUAAUCUUUUGUCAUUGUGUUUCCAUACUGGAUGAUGAAUAAUAUCCUAAACUCCUAAAAGAGCAGUAGCUUGACUUCUAUAUUACUUAUGAAUUGAUGAAUAGUUUGCUUUAACAUGUUCAACUACUUUCCCUUCCCUGUUUUAAUCGUUGCUUAGGCCAGUCUCUCUAUGGCAGGCGCUGGCAGACACACCAGAGCCUCAUAUCAUGGCAUGGCUGAGUGGAACCAAGUCUUAAAUGAUGACAUAGCCCUCGGAUAAGACUGCUCCUCCGCAACCCUGAAUAUAUGUUCUGUUUUUGGGGCAUUUUACAUGAGAUUCAUUCAUUUGUUUUGGAUAACCCUUGAAGCGUUGUUGAAAGGCAAAUU